ACAAAAAAUACAACAAUGAGACAAUGCCACACACAGAAAGAGAAGAAAGAAAAGCCUAUCAGCAACACCAGUCACACACUGACACACACACAUAGACACACAGACACACAUUUUUUCACUCUUUUGAGGUUUGAACCAAACAAACAUCACCAUGGCUGCCACCAGAGCGAUAACCAUAGCCAGCAAUUCAACCUACUCUCUUCUUACCAACAAACCCUUUCUCGCUGGCCGUGCCCUUCGCCUCAACAACCUCAAGCUUUUUUCUAGAACCAACAGGUCUUAUACUUGCAAGGCCAUCUAUUACCCUGAGGUUACUGUCAAGGAUGAAGGUCAACCUCAAACCCUCGAUUAUAGAGUCUUCUUUCUCGACAAAUCUGGCAAAAAGGUUUCUCCCUGGCAUGAUAUUCCAUUGCAGCUAGGUAAUGGUGUCUUCAACUUCAUUGUUGAGAUACCAAAAGAAUCCAGUGCAAAGAUGGAGGUUGCCACUGACGAGCCUUUCACUCCCAUUAAACAAGAUACGAAAAAGGGAAAGCUUCGAUUUUACCCCUAUAAUAUUCAUUGGAACUAUGGCUUACUUCCACAAACAUGGGAAGAUCCAUCUCUUGCAAACCAUGAAGUUGAAGGAGCAUUUGGAGAUAACGAUCCAGUUGAUGUGGUUGAGAUUGGCGAAAGGCAAAGGAAAAUAGGAGAAGUUCUCAAGGUCAAACCCUUGGCUGCAUUAGCCAUGAUUGAUGAAGGAGAACUUGAUUGGAAAAUAGUUGCAAUUUCAUUAGAUGAUCCAAAAGCUUCACUUGUAAAUGAUGUUGAUGACGUUGAGAAGCAUUUUCCUGGAACCCUCACUGCAAUUAGGGACUGGUUCAGAGACUACAAGAUUCCUGAUGGGAAGCCUGCUAAUAGAUUUGGUCUUGGCAACAAAGCAGUAAAUAAGGAUUAUGCGCUUAAGAUAAUCACAGAGACGAACGAGUCUUGGAGUAAACUUGUGAAGAGAUCAAUUCCUGCUGGAGAGUUGUCACUUGUGUAAAUGCAUUGGCAGAGUAUCAGUUGCUCAUGCCAAUGCUUGCAUUUUUUUACAUUUCAUUUAUGAAGUAGCAAACUCUUCUGUUGAGCUUCCUAGUUAUGUCUUUGACAUUAAUGCCCUUUUUGUCAGGCACUAGUUGAAUUUCAUCCAUUUUGUUGAUUAUAUAUUCUGCAUUUUAUUUCUCAUU